AUAUCUCUAUAAAAGGAGUUAUGAAGUCGAUAUAGGGUAUUAAGUCUCACCAGACAAUCUAAUAGGUGACCUUGAGAAAGAAAACAACGGGAUAAAUAAUGGUAACGGAGGAAAUUGAGGUAGACGUGGAGAUCAAAUCUCCGGCUAAUAUGUUCCACAUGUUCGUCGGAAGAUUACAACAUCUGCCCAAAGCCACUCGCUACAUUCAGGGAUGUGAUUUGCUCGAAGGGGACUGGGGCAUGGUUGGAAGCAUAGUCUUGUGGAAACUACUUUUUGAUGGAGAGGAAAUAGUGUCAAAAGAUAUGAUCGAGGCGAUGGAUUUUGAGAAGAAUGUUAUUCAGUUGAGAGUGUUAGAGGGACCUCUUAAGACAGUGUACAACAGCCUCUUGAAAACGAUGAAGGUGAGCCCUAACCAUGGAGGACCAGGAAGCACGGUAAAGUGGAACGUGAAGUACGAGAGGAUUGAUGAGAACGUUGCUCACCCUGAGAGGCAGCUCCAGUUCUUGGUCGAAGUGACUAAACAGGUCGACGGAUACCUCUUAUCUGAGGAAUAAAGCCUCUUCGGGUUGGCAAUAUCUAAAUAAUUAAUGCUUCACAUACAACAUGUUUGUGUGGAAGAGUUAUUGUUACGUAAUAGAGGACUCCUCUUGUGUGUUUGUAUGUGUUUCUCAAUAAUGUAUUAAUGUGACAUU